UAUGAAAGCAAGGACACAAAUGGGUCCAAGUCCAACUAAAAAAAUAUAUAUACCGUAAAAAGUCCCCUGGCUGCCCACCCACCUUGGUACCUUCCUCGGCCGCGUUUUGACUCAGAAACCAGAAACUCGGUUUGACUCGGAAGAACCACGCAGACCCCUGUAGGUAUAUAUGAACUCAACGACGGCGAUGAAUAAUAACAAUCGCCAGAGAGAGAGAAAGAAAGAAAGCGAUCGCAAUAUUCAAAAAGUUUUAAACGUGGAGUGUUUGUACUUGGACUGACAUAAACAUUACUGGCCGGUGAUUUCAUCUUUUCUAUUUCUUCUGCUGUAUAUAAAUACGCACUCGCUCCGUGACAUCUUCUUUCAUAUCCACCCAACCCAACCCAACCCAACUCCCCCCUUUUCAUUUCACUCUCAACAACAUUCACAUGGCCUCACUAGCUAAAGAUAUUAUUAGUGCUUCUUCUAUGGUGGAUAAUAAAUCAUCAUUUUUUGGGUCAAAUAUUAUUAAUCAGAAUCUGGGUCGGUUGUAUGUGAACCCUGUUCUGAUUCCGCUUGAUCGGAAGAGGAGAUUGAGAAAGGGUGUGAGAACAACGACUCCGGUGGUAGUGGCGGCAAUCAGUGAAGAUUUGGUCAAACUUGUGAGAGUUGAAAAGCCGGUUUCUUUUAAGGUGAGAGCUGUGUUGACUGUUCGGAACAAGGUUAAGGAGGAUCUCACGGAGACAAUUGUUAGGAAGUUGGAUGCUUUUGCCGAUCAGAUCGGGAGGAAUGUUGUUCUGGAGCUUCACAGCAACGAUAUUGAUCCAAAAACGAGAGCUCCGAAGAAAAGCAAAGAAGCUGCGUUAAAGGACUGGUCAAAGAAAUCAAAUUUUAAAACUGAAAGGGUUAAUUACACUGCUGAUAUUUUGGUGGAUUCAGAAUUUGGGAUUCCAGGAGCAAUUGCUAUUACUAAUAAGCACCAAAAGGAGUUCUUUUUGGAAAGUAUUAUCAUUGAAGGAUUUGCAUGUGGCCCUGUUCAUUUCCCUUGCAAUUCUUGGGUUCAGUCUUAUAAAGAUUAUUCUAAACCUAGGGUUUUCUUCUCUAAUCAGCCAUACCUACCUCAUGAGACUCCAGCAGGGCUGAGAUACUUAAGAGACCAAGAGCUUAAAGAUAUAAGGGGUGAUGGUAAAGGCGUUAGAAAAUUAUCAGAUCGGAUAUACGAUUACGAUGUCUACAAUGAUUUGGGUAACCCCGAUAGGGGAAAUGAAUUCAUUAGGCCGUCACUUGGAGGUGAUAAAAUGCCCUAUCCAAGAAGAUGUCGAACCGGACGUGCGCCUAGUGAUACUGAUAUUUUAGCUGAGAGUCGGGUGGAGAAGCCAUUACCGAUGUAUGUUCCUAGAGACGAACAAUUUGAGGAAUCAAAAGCAAAUGCAUUUUCAACAGGGCGGCUAAAGGCGGUGCUGCAUAAUCUAUUGCCGUCAAUUGUGGCCAGCAUUUCUAAGAAACAUGAUAUCAACGGGUUCUCACAACUUGAUAGUCUUUACAGUAAAGGGGUCGUUUUAAAAUUAGGGCUUCAAGAUGAUCUCGUAAAGAAGCUUCCGUUGCCCAAAUUGGUGACUAGGUUGCAUGAAUCUAGCCAGGGUGGUGGACUUCUCAAAUACGACACCCCAAAGAUUCUUUCCAAGGACAAAUUUGCUUGGUUUCGCGAUGAUGAAUUUGCGCGCCAAACAAUUGCGGGGGUGAACCCAGUUAGCAUAGAGAGGCUUCAAGUUUUCCCCCCAGUGAGUCGACUUGAUCCUGAUAAAUACGGCUCGCAAGAGUCUGCUCUUCGAGAAGAACACAUUGUUGGCCAUCUCAAUGGCAUGAGUGUACAACAGGCACUUGAGGAAAAUAAGCUAUUUAUCAUAGACUACCAUGACAUAUACCUACCAUUUUUGGACCGAAUAAAUGCACUCGAUGGGCGUAAAGCGUAUGCAACACGAACCAUAUUUUUCUUAAAUCCAUCUGGCACUCUCAUGCCCGUUGCAAUCGAGCUUAGUCUACCGCAAGCUUUACCUGGAACAGAGUCAAAACGUGUGGUCACACCGCCAGCUGAUGCCACAAGCACCUGGUUGUGGCAACUAGCCAAAGCUCACGUCUGCUCAAACGAUGCUGGGGUCCACCAACUGGUGCACCACUGGUUACGGACCCAUGCAUCUAUGGAACCAUUUAUAUUAGCGGCUCAUAGACAAUUGAGUGCUAUGCACCCUAUAUAUAAGCUUUUGGACCCACACAUGAGAUACACUUUGGAAAUCAAUGCAUUGGCUCGCCAGAAUUUGAUCAACGCCGAUGGGGUUAUUGAACAAUGUUUUACCCCUGGUCGAUAUUGUAUGGAGAUGAGUGCUGCUGCUUAUAAGAAUUGGCGGUUUGAUUUAGAAGGUCUUCCAGCUGAUCUCAUUAGAAGAGGUGUAGCGGUUCGGGACCCAAGCAAGCCACAUGGUUUGAAGCUUUUAAUUGAAGACUACCCGUACGCAUCAGACGGGCUCAUGAUUUGGGAAGCCAUCCAAACCUGGGUUCGAACCUAUGUGAACCAUUACUACCCCGACUCAGCCCAUGUAUGCAAUGACCGGGAGCUCCAAGCAUGGUAUGCGGAGUCCAUCAAUGUCGGCCAUGCCGAUCUCCGCCACGAGGACUGGUGGCCGACUUUAGCUGAUGCAGAUGACCUCACCGGCAUCCUAACCACCAUCAUCUGGCUUGCAUCGGCUCAACACGCAGCGCUUAACUUUGGUCAGUACCCGUAUGGUGGCUACAUCCCAAACCGACCACCACUAAUGCGGCGGUUACUCCCUGAUGAGAACGACCCCGAAUACAUGAGCUUCCAUGACGACCCGCAAAAGUAUUUUCUUUCUGCUUUACCCAGUUUAUUACAAUCAACAAAAUAUAUGGCGGUGGUGGACACGCUAUCCACACAUUCACCUGAUGAGGAGUAUAUUGGGGACAGACAACAAACCGACACUUGGACAGGGGAUUCGGAGAUUGUGGAAGCGUUUUACAAGUUUUCAGCUGAAAUUCAACGAAUUGAAAAGGAAAUUGAGAAAAGAAACAGGGAUCCGAGUCUAAAGAACAGGUGCGGGGCUGGGGUUUUGCCGUAUGAGCUUCUUGCACCAAGUUCAGAGUCGGGUGCAACAUGUAGAGGUGUUCCGAAUAGUGUGUCUAUAUGAAUAAUGAGCAUUAUUUAGGCUCGUUUUUGGUUAACCCAAUGGAGAGAUGUAAGUGAAGUAGUGUUUGUUAUAUGUCAAUACAGUGUUGUUAAGUAGAUUGCAUAUAUGUAAUGUAAAUCAAGAUUCUUAGAUGCACAAUUACGGUGCAUAUAGCUGUAAAAUCCUAGUUUAAGUUAUGGAAUAAAUGGUAAAUGAUAUGAAGGUCAAAAAAUGCUAA